AGACGGUGGCCGAGAGGCUCACAUCAAAAUGGCCGCAUUUUAGUCUACAGACGAUUUUUCUUUACUGUUUGCCAAUAGCCGCGUGAAGGGCCUGGCAGUGUUCCCUUAAGUGGCAGAUCUGUUUCGCCGGAAAUUUCGCUGUUGAAUAAUCUGAAAAUUUUCGUGAAAUAGAACAAACUUCGGUUGCGUGUGCAUAAUUUUUGUACAUGAUGUUACGUCACCAACAUCAUACAAUGCAAAACCAACUUCGAGAUCAUAACAGAAUGGGUGGUCCGAUGCGGCCUAUGCAGCAGGCAAAUAUGGCCCCUUUACAUCAGCCUCAGCAUCCGUUACCGCAUCGGAAUCCUCAUCAACAAAUACUGUCCAUGCCCCCCCAUCAACAACAUAUUCAUCACAUGCAACACCCUGGACCACCACAUGGAAAUCCAAGGCAGCCAAUGUUGAUGGGCAUGAAUGCACACAAUACAAAUGGUACCAUGGUUAGCGUCAGUCUAAAGGAUCAAGCAAACACUGUUUCUGUGACUCUACAAAAUCCAAAUAUACCACCACAGUAUCCACAACCGCAAAAUAAUCAACGAAAUCACCCACUUCCACAGCAACACAUUCAACAACCGCAAAGCAUAGAAUCAAAUAAACCAGUUACAAAUGAAACAAACAGUGGAGAGUCCAGAGAUCAGAGUCCACCUCAAAAUCACGUUAAUGUGACUGAUUCAGCUUUGGCAAACAUGAAAGAAAAAACACCAAUGUGCUUGUUGAAUGAGUUAGCACGUUUUAAUAAGAUUCAGCAUCAAUAUAGGUUGACUAAUGAACAAGGACCAGCGCACAAGAAACGAUUUACCGUAACGCUAAGAUUGGGAGAAGAAGAAUAUGUUGCUGAAGGUCCUAGCAUUAAAAAGGCUCAACAUAGUGCUGCUACUGAAGCGUUAACAAAGACCUGGUAUCAACGACCCCCACCAAAACCGACAAAGACAAUGAGAGUUGGACAUCCAGGAAAAUUCAGUGGCCCAGGAAAUUUGCCACCAACUGUCGAAUUAAAUGCUUUGGCUAUGAAAAGAGGAGAAGCUACUGUCUAUACUUUCAGACAAGCUCCACCAGCAGGAUUACAACAAUAUGUUACAAAUAGUUUAGGACACUUUCCUCGAAUAUUUAAUCCACGUUUCCCUACAUAUAAUCGUGGUUUCCAUGCGGAACCUCAAUUAUAUCUUGUAUCUUUGAAGGUAGGAGAACGUGAAUUUAUUGGUAGGGGUCUGACAGGUCAAGCAGCACGACAUGAUGCAGCAAGUAAAGCUCUAGAACAAUUGCGCCAAUUGCCAUUACCGGAAGAAGUAACAAAUACUUGUAACAGUGGCGAAAAUGGUACAUUAGGUGAAGUUAAAGAUCCGAUUGCAGAGUUGAAGAGCCCUGUGUCAUUAGUUCACGAAAAAGCAUUAAAACGUGGCUUACCUGUUAGUUUUGAAGUUAUAUCAGAAAUUGGUAAGCCUCAUAUUCGGACAUUCAGAACAAAAUGUACUGUCGGAGAUAAAUUUACAUUGGGAGAAGGACCUUCAAAGAAAAUAUCAAAGAAACACGCAGCGGAGUUUAUGUUAGAAGAACUCAAUCGUCUACCUCCGUUGCCUGAAACUAUUCAAAAUCGCCUAGUACGUGUGAAGCGCAAACCACCGGCAACGAAGAAGAAGUCUCGAAAUCUUAUAAAAGUUUAUCAAGAACCACGUUCUGAGUCUGACGCUGCAGAGGAAGUUAAUCCGGUUUCACGAUUGGAUCAAAUACAACAAGCUAAACGAGAAAAGGAACCUGUCUACAAUCUGAUUGAAGAAAAGGGUGCUCCGAGGCGAAAAGAAUUCGUUAUGGAAGUUACUAUGGGACAACAUUCUGCUCAAGGAAUAGGUCCCAAUAAAAAGUUAGCUAAGAGAGCUGCUGCAGAAGCUCUUUUAGCACAGUUAGGUUACAGUAAGCCUCAACCACAACCGACGAAGCCAUCGAUUAAAACAGGAGAAAGUGAAAAUACCGAACAACAAAAACCUAGAAAAGUCACUUUCUUAGAAGAUGAGCAAAUUAAUGAAACUCAACCUCAUCCACCAGUAGGAGGAACUAUUGGACGUCAGUUAGUACCUGGACUUUUAUUAGUGGAUGGAGGUCAAGAAUCCAAAUUAGGCAGCGGACCUAGCGUACAAAUUGUUGCUGAAGAACUACGAGGACAACAGCAACAAAAUCCACCCACUGUUUCUCCCAAAGAUCAAUUAAAAUAUUUGUCUCAGUUAUUUAACUUCAGCGUGGAAUUUAAUGAUUUUCCAAAGGGAGCAGUAAACAAAGAAUAUUUAUCACUUGUAACAUUAAGUACAGAUCCACCACAAGUUUGUCAUGGCAAUGGGCCAACAAGAACUGCGAGCCGUAAUCAAGCAGCAUUGAAAGCUCUAUGUACUUUAAGUAAGCUGGGUCUUGAUAAUACAUCCAACUCGCAGACAAAAAAAGAUAAAGGUGCGUCUGGGGAUGGAAUACAUAUUAGUAUUCAAGUAAAAAAUAAUAUGAUGGAUGGAACUAUUGAUAAGUAAUUAUAUAGUAUUUAAGACUUACAUAUAAGUUUAAUUUACAUUGCCCUUUUAAGGCAUUGCAAAGGAAAAUUAACUCGAGGACAUUUCAGAAAGUCAUUGAUGAGAACAAUAUAUCCGAAAACAAAUUUUACAAAGCAAGUGAUUUCAUUGUAGGUUUAGUAUUAAUAGCAAAUAUUAAUAUUAAACCUUAAAUCUUUUUGAAUACCGUGAUGAACUUUUUAAAAUGAUUGAAUUCUCUUUAUUAGAUAGACAAACAUUGUUUUGUUUCAUUCUAUUCAUAUGUGUUUCUACUAUUUUUAUUGUGUAUCAGGAAUGCAAGUUUUUAUUUUUAUUAAUAUGUAUGUUGUUUUUAUGUAUUCUCUUUAAAUUAUUUUUUAUAUAGUAUUAAUCAUGUGUUCUAUUUUUAUUAAUAUAUUUACAUAUAUUACAGUUAUUGAAUGAACUAAUUGGAGGGAAAAUGAGUCUUCUUGAUCUAUCUCUCUGGGCCUUAUUGCACGGUAACUUCGAUAUUGAAUCACCGAUGACUCUUGAUCUUCAUACAUAACGCCAUUGCUUCUUUAACUUAAUGCAGAUUUCGAAGAUCGCAGAUUUUGAAGAUCAGUAGCUUUUUAUGAAGGAUCAAUCUUUUGCAGUGCCUUAAUCGCAUCAAAAAAUUGCUCAAGCACCAAUAUAUAAAUAACAUCCCCCUUUUUUUUUCUUUUCUUUUCUUCUUUAACUUAUUAACGCCCACUUGAAAUCUUAAAUUAUUAUAUUAAAAUUUUAUUAUAUUGAUUAUAAUAAUUAUAUUGAAAUUUUAUUGAAAAAAUCUUAUAUGAAAGACGUGCAUUUAAAAAUUUGGUAUGUUAUUUUACUUGUUAUGUUUUACUUAUAUAUCUUCCAAAAAGUGAUGAUAUUGUUAUUGAAAGCAAAGUUAUGCGAUUAUAAUAUUCGGUUAAAAGUACAACAUACUUAUCUGCAAAGAUUUGAUAUUCAUUUAAAAUGAUUAGUUUUUGGAUGUUAUACAUUACAAAGACAAAAUAAUAAAUGGAGAAACAAUUUAAAAUGCGAUAUUUGGAAAUUUCAUUGGCAAAUAAUAUCGGGUGUAUUUCUUUGAAUAUAGCGGGCGUUAAUGAGUUAAUGGAAACUGAUCGUUUGCAGCAGCCUUUCUGCGACGAUUAUAAGUAUGGUACAAAACGUAGGGCUUGCAUAGUUACGUAAAUGAGUAUAUAUUAUUAUUUAAAUCAUGUUUUGUACGCUUAAACAUAUAAUAAAGAGGUGUUAUUGGUGCUUGAUCAAGAUUGUGAUCUUAACAGUGGUUAUUAAUUCUAUUAUAUUUAUUAUGAUAAUUUCAUUGAUAGGAUCACAAUCAAAAAACAUAAAUUGUUUAAAUAUGACAAAUGAAAUGGUCAUUUUCCAGAGUCAUGGUUUAUGAUCAUGAAAGCAUUGUAGAAACGUUAAGCGAAAAAUAUUAAAAUCUGAGAUGAAAUGCGGCCAUCUCCUAAUUUCUUUAUUUAAUCCUUGGCUUUCUCAUUCUUACGAAUAAAAUAUCUGUUAUGUCUUAUUACCUACUACACAUAUAAACCAGUGAAACAAUUUCAUGAAUUUUCAUUUGUAUUUAUACUUAGAUCGAAAAACGACUUCAAUAAGGUCAUCUUAUUUUGUAGAAAAAUUUUUCACCGUUUUGUUGAGCAAAGCGGAAUUUUUCUUAAUAAUGGUUAAUUUUGAAAUUGUAUAUAACAACCAAUACGAAGCAAGCUCAUUUUUCAAAACGAGAUUCGACAAGAAAUCUUGAGGACUUAUAUGUAUUAAGUGUCUCCAACUGAGAAAUAAGUUAUUAUUAAGAAUGCUUUAUUAAAUUAAUAUGAUUUACAAAAUUGAACACAAACAGAUAAAAAAAUGAUAAAGAUUUGGCGAUUGGUUGGGGACUCUUUAAACGUACUCAGUUGUUCUACGAGUUUCCGUUUUCAAAUUUGUAAAAUUGAAGAAAGGUAAUGUGAUAUAUUCAUAUUAUUGCCCCAAUUUGCUUUUCUAUGGGGCCUAGAAGCACUCUGGGGUUACAUUCGUGUUUUACAAGAUACUGAGAAGUAAAGGACAUUCGAAUUUUCAUACAUCCGUUAUCUAAAGUAAAAGAUGAUCUGGAUGUACUGGAAAUUAUAGAUAAGAUGGUAAUAAUUCAAAAUUUGCCUCGUUGAGUCGUAAUUAUUAUUGAAAUGUGUUUGAUUUAAAUUUAUCAAGAACCCGUAUGAGACUAUACUUUGAGAAACAACGUCGCCGAAUUUUGUCUUAUUGCCAGAAGUGUAUAACGAUACUAAGUUGGUGAUGAUAUAAAGAAUAUCCAAUAAUGAAUGAAGAUAACGUCGAAAAAUAGACUUCGUUCUAUCUAUAUAAGAUACUAUGUUUCUUCUUCUGAAGACUUAUCUUAUAUUCAUUAUUCUCAUCAUUUUACAGGUUUCUUAAAUAUUACGAACCCUGGAAAAAGAAAAAAAAAAAAGAAAAAGUAAAAAAAACAUACACAAAUGAUUGUGAAAUUUUAGUAACGUACUGAUUACUUUUUCACAAUACGUAAUACACUUCGUAUCACGUAUAGGAGGAUAAGAAGGAAUACUUAUUAUUUACAAUAUUUUUUUCUUUCAGAUAACCUUUCAUAACGCGAAAUUUUCUGAAUAAUUUAUAGGUCACUCGAGGACGAGUUAAUAAAUGUUCCUUUUUCUGAGAUAUCGCUUCAUAGGUGAGCCUUCCUUCUUCACGUGGGAUUCAAUGUUUUAAAUAAAAGAGACAAGGGAAAAGAGUCGUGAUAAACCUCUUUCGCAUAGUUUUUUUUCAGUAAAAAAAAAAAGAGAGAAAGAAUGAAAAAGAAAGAGAAACAUGAAUCCUACGAAAGUGUACCCCUAUUGCAGGACCUAUUUUAUCCGCGUAAACUGUAAUACAAUAGUUAGUCGUAACAAUAAGUGAAUAAAGUAUUAAUACUAAGAUGUAUGAAGUGGAAGUAUCUCUACGUAAUACAAAGAUAAAUGUGAUUCCGAGAGAUAACGCGGAUGUAUUAGAAUAAAAGGUCAUAUUCUAAAUACUUUUAUUUUACAAGUAACGGUUUUCUUUUAGAUCUAUAACUAUUGGACAAUUAUACUAUCGGCACGGAAGUUUACAACCUGACUAUUAUUAAACUGUAAAUUAUUUAUACCGUAGUAACAUACGUAUUCGCUUUGUGUUUCAAUCUAUUGAAGAAUAAAUGCACAAAAAUUUCCCUUUAUUUUUAAUAUUUUCAACAAUUGAAGUUAUUUAUUGUUUUCGUUUCGAAUAAUUGAAACAUUAAGUGUAUUUAAAUCACGUAUCGAUAGUUAAAGUAUUAAUUUCAGUGGAAGUAGUUGGAAAUGCGAAUGAUUCACCCAAAAAUUUCUGUU